AAAACAAACCAAACACACUGCAGGAGUGUUCGUUCAUCUUCGUGUUUGUGUGUGAGAGAGAGAGAAAGACAGAAGAACAACCAAACAAGCAAAAUGGGAGGAGGUAUGGAAGCCAACAAGAACAAAUUCAUCGAAGAUUGGGGCACAGUGAGAGAGAAUCUGGAGCACAACUUCCGUUGGACUCGCCGUAACCUAGCUAUCGUCGGAAUUUUCGGAGUUGCGAUCCCCUACUUGGUUUACAAGGGCACCGUUCGUGAAUUUCAUAUGCAAGAUGAAGACAAUAACAGACCAUACAGAAAGUUCCUCCCAUAAGAUUCAAUUCCAGUCAGUGGAGAUAAUCCAGGCCUCUCUUCACAAACUUCUUUUUCGUUACGGAUUACCCUUGUUUUGUAUGCUAUAUUCUUGAGGUCUUACUUACUCUCGGCACUUGUUAUUCUCGUUUUUGUUGAACAUUAAAAAUAAAUUGUUAUAUGCCUUGUGGGUGACUCGUGUUUAUCUGUUGGGCAAGAUGAAUGUUUAUUGCCUCAAAACUUUAGUUGAACAGAACAACCUGCUUCAGGGUUAAAAAUAAUUGUAGUUAAAAAUAUCAAUCGUGACAAUUUAAUGCUUGAUGCUACAUGUAAAAUUUUCACUUGUU